UGUCAUAACGUCAGAAAGGUUGGGUUCCCGUACAGAAGAUUGACCCCAUAUACGGCAUGGAUCGUGAAGUUUAUCUUUGAAUGUGGGCGGUUUUUGUAAGAACGUCGUUCGAUGUAGCGAGUCAGAAGUACAAAGCAUGCUUGGAUAGACUUUUCGUGACAAGUUCACAGUUCUUCCCAGCCGAAAAGUAUUCAAACGCAAAGAAAAAUGCGCAGCUCUAUAUUGAUUACUCUUUUCGUAUUUGCAUCCCUUACCUCGGCUGAAGAUUAUUACAAACUAUUGGGUGUUGAGAGAACAGCUGAUCAGCGAGACAUCAGAAAAGCAUUCAAGAAGCUCGCGGUUACUGAACAUCCCGAUAAGAAGACUGAUGAUCCUGAAGCACAUGAAAGAUUUAUCAAGUUAACAACGGCGUACGAAGUGCUAAAAGAUCCUGACUUAAGAAAGAAGUAUGAUUUGUACGGAGAGGAAGGCCUGGAUGAUUCCAAAAGGCGUAGCAAUUAUCAUUCAUACACGUAUUACCAGAAUAAUUUUGGAAUCUACGAUGAUGACCCUCAGAUCAUAACAUUAAAUAGAAAUGAUUAUUUUGACAGUGUAACUGAGUCAGAAAAGAUGUGGUUUGUCAAUUUCUAUUCGCCACAGUGUAGUCACUGCCACCAUUUAGCUCCGGUCUGGAGGAAAAUAGCCAAAGAUCUUGAAGGAGUUAUUAGAGUUGGUGCAGUCAAUUGCGAAGACGAUUGGCAUCUCUGUUCUCAAGUUGGAAUACAGUCUUACCCAACGUUGAUGCAUUAUCCACCAAAUUCAAAACAAGGCGUGAGAUAUAAAGGUGAAAAAUCUUAUGAGGAAAUAAUGCGGUUCGUCUUGGAUAAAAUAGAUGCUGAUAUUCGCGAAAUCAGUAAAUCAGUUUGGAACCUUCUAUUUGAGGGUAAUGAUAAAUCAAUUGAAAACCCAGUAUUGAUUUUCGUCUGUGGCGAAAACCGUUAUUGUUUUACAAAGGAUGAGAGAUUAAGAAUUGCUGCUAUAUUUGACGAAAUGGUGGAUGUAAAAGUAUUCCAUUGUAAGGAUAAUGAUUGUGGUAGCGUACUUUCAGAUUCCACUGGUGUUGUGUAUUUACCACCUCCAAACGAUGCAAAUUUUAAACCUGUGUUAUUUGAAGAUGUUUUGGAAGUAGAAGAUCUAGUCAAAAAAAUUUUAGAACAGCUCCCAGAACCUCAAGAUAUUAAUGACGAUCAAUUUGAGGAUAUUCUGGACGACUUAAAAAGGAAAUCCAACGACGGAUGGUUAAUUUGUUUUUACAUCGGUCACGCUACAGAUUUCGACGUUUUGUUAAAGCAUUUGCCUAGUAUUUUAAAAGACGUGAAUUUAGCAAAAAUCAAUUGCGGUCGGUACUCAACUUUAUGCAAGAAUCUUAAUGUCAAUCAUUACCCUGCCUGGGGUGUUCUGAAACCUGGUGGAGCAUUUGAAUUGAGUCACGGAAAAAACACAAUGAACGACGUUGCUAACUUUGCCAAGAGUAGUUUGAAAGCACAGAAUGUUUGGGCUCUUUCCGCGCAAAAGAUACACGAUAUUUUAGGCAGACAAAACGGUGAAGUAUGGUUUCUCGAUUGGUACGCACCGUGGUGUCCGCCUUGCAUGAAAUUCCUUCCCGAAGUUCGAAAAGCGUCGUUAGAAUUCGACUCGUCAGUAUUACAUUUUGGAACCGUGGACUGCACAACCCAUGCCGAAAUUUGCAGGCAGUACAAUAUCAGAUCUUAUCCUACGGCUAUGCUUGUGAACGGCAGUACUACGCAUCAUUUCUCGACUCAAAGAACGGCACCUCACAUUGUGGAAUUCAUCAAUGAGGCUAUGAACCCAACGGUGAUACAUCUAACAUCCAACAACUUUGACAAAAAGUUAGGUAAAAAGAGGGGUAGACAUUUGUGGGUAGUGGACUACUUUGCACCUUGGUGUGGACCAUGUCAGCAAUUAGCACCAGAAUGGACACAAGUGGCCAAGGCGCUCAAACCUCUUUCUAAUGUUAAAAUUGCCAGCGUCGAUUGCGAGGCACAAAAAUCCGUGUGUCAGGCGCAAAGCAUCCGCAGUUAUCCCACAAUCAGGCUUUAUCCAAUGGGUUCGGAAGGAUUGAACUCAGUUGCAUUGUACAACGGGCAGAGGGAUGCCACGUCACUGUUGAAGUGGAUUACGCAGUUUUUGCCAGUGAAAGUGCAAGAUCUGAACGAUCACAAUUUAGAAAAGUCUGUAUUGAAGACCGACGAUAUUGUGUUGGUCGAUUACUAUGCGCCGUGGUGUGGUCACUGCAUUAUUUUGGAGCCUCAAUUUGCAAUAGCUGCGCAGCUUCUGGAAAACAAAGUACGCUUCGCAAGGCUGAACUGCGACCACUAUCGCUACUACUGUGGACAAGCCGGUAUACGGGCUUAUCCGACGCUGAAGCUGUACUCGACGAGGCAACAUCGAAACAGUUUGCAGGAUGGAAUAAGGAUCAAAGCUUCCACGGCCGAGAGCAUAAGAGACGAAGUUCUGGCGCUUCUGCCAAAGCGAGUCAGGCAGGAUCGCGAUGAGCUAUAAUGAAAUAUUAAUUUAGGUGCCUUAAAUAGAUACAUUCUAGACCAAUGCGAAGAAAAGUGGACAGUUGCGUCGAAGCCGGCCAAUUUAGCCCGAGAUAUUUUUAAAUGACUUUAUUGUGAUAUUUGUGGCUAGAAGCUCCAAGAUUUCCAGUGGGUGUAUUUCCGAGCAUUCGUUUCUCCCUACGAGUAUAAUUUAGGAUAUCGUAUGACAAAGACGAUUGUUGAUGAUCGUUGAGAUAGAUAAUUUAUAUAUCUACGUACACGUAUACUAUUGUAAUCGAACAAACACGAACUAGCGUAACCAUAAUCAUUGAGAUCUUGCCGAGAACGACAUUCCGCUCAAAUGUUUUAUAUACUUUCUUUACAAUCUCUCAAGAAUCUCGAUGCCAGUGAUAUUAACGAUUUUUAUAACGACUUUUUUAACCAAUACACUUUUGUAUCGAAACAGCUAAGAAGAAAAAAAACGCAACAAUAAAUUCUCAAGCAACGACAAAA